AUGGAACAGUGUCUAGGUGCAAAGUGCAUCUUGGAUAUUACAUUUCUUCUGACAACCCUGCAAUGAUACCAGUGUGUACACUUUCAUUCAACUUCUACGCUGCAAUCCAUUUACCAUCUGAAAUGGUAUUCCUACUGUGUGUUCUUUCCAUCUAGGUGAACCAAGAAAGCAUGACCCCACCUUCAAAGGCCCCAUCUAUAACAGGUGAGAGAGGAUUGCCAGUUCAUCCACAGCAUGUAGUCAGGAUGGCACAUAAUUCGCAUCUAAAAACUACUGGUCCCAUAACGUUUCCAUAUCUCCCUCUCUCUUUACUCUAGGGGCUGCACUGAUAUUGUAUGCUGCAUCCUCUUCAUUAUUUGCAUACUGGGCUACGUUGCAGUGGGAAUUAUUGGUAAGUGAAUGUGUCCUGUAGGCACAAACAAGCUAACCUGACCCCAUAUUAAGGACUUGGGUAUACCCUGAGUGCUGGUCAGAGUGCUGGUCACCUAAAGCAUGUCUGAGAGUGUCUGUGUGUUAGAGAUGUCUGUAUCAUUGUUGUUGAUGGUUCCCUUCUCCCCUAGCCUGGUCCCAGGGAGACCCCAGGAAGGUGAUCUACCCCACGGACAGCAGAGGACAGUUCUGUGGGCAGGCAGGCACUCCUCUGGAGUAAGUUCGGCCCUCACCAUUCAUACAGUGGAAUACAUAACACACAAACAAUCACUAACACUCACAUGUGUUGUGUGUUGGUUGUCUCAAUCAUUCCACCCUGGUCAUUCACUCUCUUUAAACCUGUCUUACCCAACACUGCUCUUGUGUUCUCUGAACAACUGGUUGUGUGUGUAUUGUAGGAAGAAGCCCCUGCUGUUCUACUUCAACAUCAUGAAGUGUGCCAGUCCCAUGGUGCUGCUGGAGUUUCCAGUGCCCAACCACACAGGUGACCUGAACCUCUGUUGGUUUUCAGUUGAUACAUUCUUGAACACCAUGUUAUUUAUGUAUGCACUUGUAUUAUCUUGUCUCAUUGUGACAUUUCUUUUGCCAUCAGAUGUGUGUGGAGAAAUGCCCUGAUAAGUUCAUGACGCUCCUCAAGGCCUACACCAAUAAAGAGGACUUUAAGUAUUAUAAGAACUUCUGCAAGGAGGGUCUAGAGGGGCUGGUGAGUAGCAUGUGAAGAGGAAACUGAGCUAGGUGGUAUAGUAGUUUUCCAAAAUCAACAUGGCUGACAAUGUCAAGAUUCCUUGGUUUCCAAUGUCACUAAAAUGUCAAGAAUGUGAUGAUGUGUUUUGUUCUACAAAAAUAAUUGUGUGCCCAGUGGCAGUUUUAGUAUGAACAAUUAAAACUUUGAAUAUACAUUGCUGCACCAAUGGUUGAGAUACUAAGUGCUGGUUGUUCAUGUGUGUUUUAGACUGUAACACAGAUCCUGAGUUCUGGCCUGUGUCCUGCCAUGCUGAUGCCAAGUAAACCCUGUAAGUACGGCUCUAUCCUGUUUACCUGCCCGUCUUCCAGACCUCUGUUCCUCUGAGUUGAACUCCCCAACCCUCCAUCUAACCAGCCCAUCCUCCCCAUUUCCGGAAUUCUAAAAAAGUGAAAGACAUUGUUUUAGCUGCUCUCCCUCAUUGUCCUGUGUCUUCUCCUUCACCACCAUUCCCCUUCCUCCAGUCACCCGCAGGUGCUUCCCUGCCCUGGGCCAGAAGAAGGGAGGGGAGAUCACUGUGGGAAAUAACUCCAAGUUUGAUGAUGGGGAGGGGAACAUUAGAGAUGCCAAAGAUCUGGUGGCAGGGGGUCAAGUGAGUCCACAGAUAAACCUAAUUUGCAUAAUGUUUUCCUUUGAUGGGUGCUAGUGCUACAAUCAGUGUUGGUCACUGUAUUGUCUUCUAUAGGAAUGCCACAGUGGUCAUUGAGGCUCGACAAGUGGCCAUGAAGAUCUUUGAGGAUUACACCCAGUCCUGGUACUGGAUCCUAAUGUAAGUCAGCAUCUUCUCUUUGACACUAUUGUGCAGUAAUACGUUCACACUGGUCAUUUACCACGCAGUCAACUGAAUUCCAAAGCACUUGAUACAGCGACGAGUCCGUAACGUAGCCACUUAAGUCUGUCUUUGUGUCGGUGUUCAGAGGGUUGGUGAUUGCCAUGCUCGUCAGUCUCCUCUUCAUCAUCCUCCUGCGCUACCUGGCAGGGAUCAUGGUGUGGGUCAUGAUCGUCAUGGUGAUUCUGGUCAUUGGAUACGGUAAAGACCAGUUAAACAGAAGGGUCAUUUUGAGUUGUUUCUUAAUGUUCAAAUCUCUAUAUAAAGUCUCUAUAAUCAACAAAGCCAUCACCUGUGUCCCUUUCCCACCUCCCUAUCUAAAUGCUGUACUUCCCUCUUGUGGCCAUGCUCUGUAUUGCACCAUAGGCAUCUUCCACUGCUCCAUGGAGUAUGUUAGCCUGAAGUCAGAGGCAGGCUCUAAUGUCACUCUAAAGGACCUGGGCUUCCAGACAGACUUCUCAGUGUACCUGCAUAUCAGACAGACAUGGCUGGCCUUCAGUAAGUCUCCCCACUUACCUCCUCUCAACCUUACAGCAAGUGUGGCUCAGGAGGGAUACAACUGGACCAAUACAUUAGUUAUACUGUAUAUCACGAAGCAGGAUCAAUGUUAGCCAGGUAACUUUUCUAAACCCUUAGAUAUAAUGCAUUGCAGUGUUAUCGCAAGCAUAAACUGCUACUAAGGACCCCUAAAUGGCUGUGACUGAAUUCUCCAUUUGUUUUUAUGCUUUUUCUCCCUCCUGUUCUCUUAGUUAUUAUUCUGGCCAUUGUGGAGAUCAUCAUCAUUUUGCUGCUUAUCUUCCUCAGGAAUAGAAUCCUCAUCGCCAUCGCUCUCAUCAAAGAAGCCAGCAGGUCAGGAAACGGGGGGGGGGGCUCUCUGCACUUACAGCCUCUUCUGAUGAGAUUGUAUGGGAAACGGAUCAAUGAAGGCUAGAUCAUUGUGGUCAAAAGGGGGAUGUAAUUCAUAGAUGUUGGAUAAGACAUUUGUAGUCCUAAACUGUGAUGUUUGGUUUACAGGGCCAUUGGGCAUGUGAUGUCAGCCCUGUUUUACCCGUUGUUCACCUUUGCCCUUCUGUCCAUGGUCAUCGCCUACUGGGCUGUCACCGCUGUGUAUCCUUCAUGUUUGGAAGAAAUGACUCAUAGGCUUAAAUAACUCAACAUGCUCUUCUGAAUGAUGGAUGUGUAUUUGCUGGGAUUUGUAGUUCUCUGGGUCAUAUUGUAGUCCUUGACAGUCUCUGGCCAGGUUCCUGUCCACCUCCAAUCAGCCCAUUUAUAAGGUGUUCAAUGAGACGGCCUGCGAUCACUCCAGGAAAAUCUGCGAGCCAGCUGUGAGUCCUGCUUUUCUGUUAGCCAAUGCAAUAUGUCACCAUCUAACAAUUUGAUCUUAAUUGAAGAGACCUUGAACCAUUGGAUCAUCACCAUGAUAAAAAUGUAUAGAAUGUCAACUGUUGAUUCUUCUCCCUCGGUCUCCUCCAGAACUUCAGCACCUCCAGUAUGAAGGCUGAAUGCCCAGAUUCUAAGUGUCUGUUUGCCUUCUACGGUGGAGAGACGGUCUACCACAAGUACCUGAUCGGCCUGCAGUUCUACAACGUCUUCCUGUUCUUCUGGUGUGCCAACUUUGUGACGGCUCUGGGUCAGAUGACCCUGGCUGGGGCCUUUGCCUCCUACUACUGGGCCUUUGUCAAGCCUGACGACAUGCCUGCCUUCCCCUGUCUUCUCUUCCCUUGGCAGAUCACUCAGGUGUGUGUGACUGUUUACGUUCCUGUUCCUAACCAAGUUGGGUGUUCAGAUAUGUACAUGUUGCAUAUCUUGUUAGUGACAUCUCCUCAUCUCCCUACUCAGGUAUCACACAGGUUCCCUGGCGUUUGGCUCUCUCAUCCUCUCCAUCGUCCAGAUCAUCAGGGUUCUGCUGGAGUACAUUGACCACAAGCUCCAAGGUGAGGCAUUGAUACUGUAUUUUUAUUUUUUUUAUUUAUUUUAAUUUUAGAUACUGUAUUAGCAGUAUGUUGAUAUUAACACACAGCUAUCAUUGUAUACACUCAUCAUACUAUACACUAGUUGUAUGAAUGCUGUUUUUGUACUUGUGUUGGCUAUGAUUGGUUCUGCCCUACUGUGUUGUUCUCCCCUAAAGGAACCCAAAAUAAGUGCACUAAGUUCCUGCUGUGCUGUCUCAAGUGCUGCUUCUGGUGCCUGGAGAAAUUCAUCAAGUUCAUCAACAGAAACGCCUACAUUAUGGUGCGUGUACCAGCUGUUUGUGUUCACCUGCUAUGCCCAAUGUCAUCCAGUUAAAUGCAUGUAAUAUCGGAUAUAAUUAAUUGUAGAUGAGAUUUGUCACCUGGAUCAUCUGUAACCUUUUUAACUGUGGGAAAAUGUUUGGUUUGUGCUUGAUUAUGAAUUUGAGUGUCUGCUGCCUAUAGGUGGCGAUAUAUGGCAAGAACUUCUGCACGUCUGCCAAAGAUGCCUUCUUCCUCCUCAUGAGGAACAUGAUCAGGUGAGUGAGUGUGCCGUCUAUUAAUGUUUGUGUGUUGACUUAAUGAAUGUAACAAAUGGACUAUGAUCCAUCACAACGCAUCACUGUUUGAACUUGCAGGGUUGCCGUCCUGGACAAGGUGACAGACUUCCUGUUGUUCCUGGGCAAACUCCUCAUCGUCGGCCUUGUGGGUAAGUGAGGCUGUUUCUACAGGAAACAUGAUGAACAAUAACACACUCAGUAGGGCCAGUCUUCUAGUGAUUGUAUUUAGUUUGAUUACGUCUCACUGUUGUCAACCAGUUGUGCUAUUGGAUGUGUGUCUGAGACAACUCUUCCCUCCUGUUUCCCAGGAAUCUUUGCUUUCUUCUUCUUCUCUGGGAGGGUGAAGGCCUUUGAGAACACAGCCCCCAACCUCCACUACUACUGGGUCCCCAUCCUGGUGAGUAGCAUAGCCAUGCUCAGGGUCUGCUGGGUUAUGUACAAAGACAUGUAGUUUAAUCUAUCCUCUAAAUGUAGCUGAGUGUAACCCUGUGUUGUGUAUAGUAAUGGUUGGAGUGUGUUUGUCUCCUCAGACGGUGGUGGUUGGUUCCUACCUUAUUGCCCACGGCUUCUUCAGCGUGUACGCCAUGUGUGUGGACACACUCUUCCUCUGCUUCUGUGAGUAACAGUAGAACCAUCCCCCUCUUGCGUUACGCAUUGUAAUUCGCCCACAAACACAAGGUACCAGUGGUGAGAAGGUAAAGAUUAUGGUGUGCACAGUAUACUCAGGAAAUGGCUGCCUCGUGUUGGCAACUCUUUUACAUCUCAAAGCUUUACUAAAUGGCACGUUUUUUUUGUGUGAAGUCAAGAUGUCCCAAUGUGUCUAAAGGUCAUGUUGUCAUGAAACGCCCUCAUCUCCCUUUCUUCAUUAACUCUUUCACUGCUAAUGGUGUUGGGCUGCCACUAAUUAUCAAUUGCAUGAUGAUAUUCUGGUUUUCUUCAUAAUGCGUUAUUGAUCCUAACCUAGCUAUCUAUGACUAGUGUUAACUUGCUUGUUGCAGGCAUUGGGAAAGGUUGGGUGUUGAUCUAUUAAAAUGUAAAUGGGUGCUUUUGCUGGGAAUUUGGACUGACUUUCUCUCCUUCUCUCCCUUUUCAAUUCAUAUUGUUUUCCUCCAUCUCCCUUACUAAUGCCACCCUUCACCUUCAUCCUGUUUUCCAAUCAACAAUCCCUUGACCCCAUUUAACACACACAGGCGAAGACCUGGAGAGAAAUGAUGGCUCUCCGGCAAGACCGUAUUACAUGUCAGCUUCGCUCAAUGACAUUCUGUUGGAGAACAAGGCUGUGGAAGAGAGAGGGGAGCCAACCCAGUCCUCACCACAUCAGCCAGACGACCAAGACGUCCAGCUGAAACAAUAGCAGCCUCAGAUGCAGGAGAAGGACGAGGAAGUUUAGGAGUAGUCGUAGCAAAGACACUGUGGACGAGAUCUCCAACUCCACCUGCAGAUCUGUCUUGUAGAAAUGGGCAUGCUACUGUUCAUGAUUGGUAGAUUGACAUCAAAGCCUGAAUUUGGACAACAGUCAACUGCUUGACCAGUGUCUUUGCUUCUCCCUAUAUAUAUAGUGUGGUAUUGUGCUCUUAAUGGCUGGAGUUGGCAAAUGAUAGUUGUUUCAUUGACUUGGAAAAAAGAGACCGAACCAUAACAAACUAUUCUAGGGAUUCCACUGAUGUUUUUGUGAACCUGUUGCAGUUCUGACGUUGAUUUCCUGCUAGAAGGGAAACCCUGUCGGCCAUAGGAAACAAUGUGCCUAAUUGACUAACUAUCUGUUUUGGUCUGAUGUAUUGAACCUCCUACAGAUAUCACAUUGUUUACAGUUAAAGUAGUCAAAAGAUGGUGCUCUGCAAUGCUACCACCAUGUGAGGGAAGCGGCUCCAUUUGUUCUGUAAAGCAAUGCAAACAGAUCCCUCAUUGCCUUGAAAUGUGUGCCUGUCAGCAAGGUCUGUUUGAUGCACUGUCCUGGAGACUGACUCCUAGGCUCUAUGAGCAUUGACUGAAUGCAGGAUCUCUUUUCUCUCCCUUUAUUCUGCUAUUAUGCAUGUUGGUAGUAUGUCUGCUAUUGAUUAAAGCUACCAGUCUUUCUGUUAUUUGACUUUCCCCUUCACUCUUUCUGCAUUGUAUUGGUGUUGAUGGGGAAACAAGCUAAGGUAACUAACUUCCUUUUGCUUUUGACUAGGCAAGCUUUACCAAUUCUGUCAAAAGCAGGUCAAUUAGAUGUUUUGUAGGAUUACAUGUUAAAUGACUUAAAGCACUUCUGUUUAACUUGGUGUUAUCUUUGAAGCUUUGCUAAUGCAUUCAUUGCAAGUUGGUUCUGAUCUGGCUUGGAAAUGUAACAAUGUUUAAGUUCUCUUCUUUUGAAAUCAUUUCAUAAUUCUUUCUCAUGACGUUUUCCUUGAUUCUUCAGUGGAGGACCUGGAGAGGAACGAUGGCAGUUCAGAGAGACCCUACCUGAUGUCUGACCGCCUCCUCAAAAUCCUGAAGAAGAAGAACAAGCCUGAACCAGCAGAGUAG